AUGAGUAGAAAAGUACAUCUGCCAACACAUCUAUUACGCCUUCUUGUCAUCGAAGGUUUCAUGCUCUUUUCCUUGGAAUCAAACGACCCUUACUCUGAUUUCAAGAGAUCCAUGGAGGCGAUGGUUGAGGCACAAACGCUUCACCAAGACUGGAGAAGCCUCGAGAAGCUUCUCUUCCAGUUCUUGAAAGUCAACGCCAAGACCAGCCAUCGAUACAUCUUCGGCGCUUUUAUAGAUCUUCUCUUGAGCUCAACACUGCACACGAAUGAACCCAUCAAUAUCAACAUUGCCAAAGACGAUGUGAACGGAUUCUCGGCCACACGCGCCACCGUCGGAGAAGUAAGUACUUCUUGUUGUAACAGUAUGAGUCUUGGCGAGUCUCCGUUGUCUCCUCUGUCACUCUUCACGUCGUGUUCUUCUUCUUCCUCCAAUGAGACUUCCUCGACGUCUGUAAGAUUCUUGCCGUUGUCUUCUUUGUUAGAGAUGAAGGCAAAGAAGAUACUGAACUGGUAUUUCCCCCAUUGUUAACAGGUCAACAUAGUGCUGAGAAUAUCUGUCAAUCCUUAGCUUUUGGUUCUGGAAAAUUAACCUCAACGCUAUAUAAUCUCUCUACUUUCUUGGAGCUUUCCGGUUCAAGAACAGC